AUGUUACAAACAUUAUAAAAUGAGCUAAACAAUUUACAAACCAAAGGAAAAUAGUAAGAAUUAAGGAUAGAGAAUUUAUACAUUAAUUUUAAUGAAAUCUAUCAUUUAUAAAAUAAUUUGAACAAUCCAACUUCAACCAAACAUAACAUGCUAUAUUAAGUGAGACCUGAAGUUUUUCAUUAAAUAUUAAUAUUCUUAGAUACUAAAUAAUUAUUAUAAUUUAGAUUAAUUAGCUCAAGAGCAAAUCAAGUUGUAAAAUUAAUGCUUCCUAAAUAAAUAAAUAUUGUUUAAUAAUUAAUAAAUGAUCAAUAAAAUGAAUUAUAAUUGAAGAUCUAAAGUGCAGAAGAAAUAGCAAAAGAUUAAAAUUACCAAUAAUUAUUGAAUACAGCAUUAAAUGGAUUAUAAUAACUCAAUAAAGCACACAUUGUUGAGUUGAAAUCCUUAGCUAGACCUACAGAAUUAAUUGAAAGGAUAAUGAAUCUAAUUUGCAUGAUUUUGGAUCCAUCUUUUAAAAUAUAAAAAGAUAGCUGGAAGGAAUGCUAAAAAUAUCUAGGUCGUUAAAAUUUUAUAGAAUAAAUUCUAACUUUGGACAUUAAUAACAUAAAUGAUAAAUAAUUCUAGUAACUAUAAUAGGUUGAUAGUAUUGAAUAAUAAUAAGCAGCUGCAUAAUCAAUAGCUGCAAGCUCAAUGCUCAGCUUUUUGAAAGCUGUAUUAGAAGUAAGAUAAUCUAAACUUUACAUAACAUAAAAUGCAAUUAAAUAAUUAGAGAGUAAAAUAAAGAAAGAGAAACAAUUAAUUCAAAAGUUAGAAAAGAUAAUUUAAAGAGAAUGAG